UUGAAUGUACAUGUAUAAGCAGUGUGAGCGCGAGUAAAACCUAUUUGGAGAUACCAGAGCUGUUCGAAGAUGUUUCCACUUCUCCUGUCGCUGUGCUUCGUUGGUAGAGUGCUAUGCACAGAUCUUACGCAGUCUCCAGCAAAGUGUCUUAACUAUGGGGCAGCUGAGGCGUAUGGGAUUUUCUAUCAAAUUAACAACAGUGAUGAUGAUGAUGACAACACAACUCUGUCCACCUUCCUGAGCAAACCACGCCUUUACUGUCAAUCAGAUGGCAGGUGCCAUGAUCAACUCCCCAAAUAUGACGAUGAAGUUCUUCCCUUCCGUACGGCUCGCUUCACAACACUCGGGGCCACCGGGCGCCUGGGCCCGACUACCCUGGGCGGCCACUACCGCGGGCAGGACCACGAGGGGAUGGUGUACUUACGGGACGGGGUCCAGGUCUUCACGGUGCCCGCUACGGGAGUUUACCUGCUAGAAGUCGCAGGUGCAGCCGCAGGUUGGGGGAAGGCCGACAACAAGACGACCAGAGGCAGAGGUGCCGUGGUCUUGGCUUCCCUGGAACUCAUCAAAGGGCGACUACUUAAGAUCCUUGUCGGUCAGGAGGGAGCGGAGAAUGAGGAGAGUCACGGAGUAGGAGGAGGGGGCGGUACGUUUGUCACGGGCAUCGACAACACUCCGCUCAUCAUCGCCGGAGGGGGAGGGGGCGGCAACCGCCAGGAGACGCGCAACGCUCGGUGUGACGGGACGGGUGCUGGCGAGGGGAACCCUGGAUACUCCCCCAAGGGAGGGACGAGCUUCCCUGGCGGGGUGAAGGGACACGGCGCGACGGAGGGGGACCGGGAUAACGUCGGCGGCGGGGGAGGGGGACUGCUCUCCCGAGGGGCGAGUUCGAAGCACUUCGGUGGGAAAGACGGGGCCUACGGCGGGGAAGGGGGUGAAUCAUACGUUAAAGGGGCUGUGGGGGGAAGGCCGUAUGUGAAUGGUGCCGAAGGAGGGUUCGGAGGAGGAGGAGGUAGCUUUGGUAACGGAGGAGGGGGUGGAGGAGGAGGGGGGUACUCCGGAGGAGGGAGGGGGGAUAACUGGAGUGACGCCUGCGGAGGUGGCGGAGGCUCGUUUUCGGCUGGGAACGAGACGGUCGCAACGGACGGUGGGAACGACGGUCCAGGCUAUGUCGUCAUCACUAAGUUAUAAAAAUAUUAAAUACGCGAACAAGAAGCCCACUGCUCAUUGGAUAGUAC